GAAGAACAAAAGGGCCAAUGUGACAUAAGUAACUAUGGGCCAUUUGUUCAUAUAUCUUCCUGGUUAGGUUUCGCAGUAUAUAUACAUGGAAACGUCUGGAAAGGAAGCACUCCGAUUGAUUACUACAAUGUGGCUUUUAAUGGUUUUCCCAAUCUUAACUGGUGCAGUCGGAAUGAGUGAAGACUGCGGAAACGUAACAUUAUGUGGCCAUUUACCUUGGUCAGAGUGGAGUGCUUGCAGUGAGACCUGUGGGGGAGGGUAUCAAACCAGAAAACGAAAAAUUUGUGGAUUGGAAAAGUGGAAUGAAGAAGCUUUAAAAGAAAACUGCGGAAAUCCACUUCGGAUAGAUAUCAAAAUUUGUAAUAUGAAUUGUCUUAAUAAUGGUUCAUUUGUUAACGGAAAUUGCAUAUGCACUCCCUGGUCCGGAAAAACUGGUAGAUGCUGUGAAGAAGAUCGUUUGUCCCUAGAGAACCUAAUGACAUCAAAAGAGAUAGCAUCGGCAUUUUUAAGAAACAGGGCUCCCCGAACUAAGCGUAGUGAUUAUAAUAUUUACGAGGAAUGCCGGGAAGUGGGAUCCUGUGAAUACGAAGAAGCAAGAGAAUGGGUUAAUUAUAAACGUGACCGAAGAAGCGUGUGUGAGUGGAUGAAAGACAAGCGGUGUGAAGAAACAAGUUGUAGUGCAGGAUAUUAUUGUGUUACCAUAGUCGGUAACUGUGAUCGUCUUAGCACUUAUGAAGUUGGAUGUCAAGAUAAGGACGAAUGUGCCAGUAACCCAUGUAUGCAUGGAGGAACGUGUUACAAUUUAAUUGAUAAAUUCACAUGCUCGUGCCAUGAUGGGUAUCAAGGACUACGAUGUGAACAUGAAAUAGACGAGUGUGCAAGUAACCCAUGUAACAAUGGCGGAACAUGUCACGACCUAGUUAACAAAUUCAAUUGUUCCUGUAUAGAGGGGUAUUACGGAUCACGCUGCGAACUUGAUCAUCCUGUUGUUUAUAACGCAAUUGAUAAUUCUGGGAACGCAAAUAAUUGUACUUUUACAGUAAGAGUAAUAGAAAUACAAGAUAAAGCUUGCCCAGCUCCACCUGUUCCAUUUCAUGGAUUUUUGGGAUGCCAAAACAAGGGAGCUUUACAGUGUUCCAUACAUUCCUGUGAUGAAGGGUAUCUUUUGAAAAAUAAUGAUUCACAUACUUGUGAAAAUGGAUUUUGGAAUCCGGAAUUUCAUAAAGAUUUCAUAGCCACGUCAUGUAUAAUCCGGACUCUGUUCCGCAGGAGACAUCUUACUUUGCGAUUGGCCUUUCCAAAGGAUAGAGGGGCAACAACUCUCGUCCAAGAUAUUGCAGAUAUGGAUGAUUAUGGAAGGAAAAUUGUCAUGGAUGAUCACGGACAAAAGAUAUCUGAUCUUUUCCAAACGGGCAGGUUUCUCAGUACCUGCUCAAAUUUAACAUGCGACUUUGGAGAAAUGUCAGCUGGACAAAUAUAUGAAGUUUGUGCUGUAGGAUCUACAUUCUAUCAGCUAAGUGUGGACCAGGUUGGAUUUACGCCGAGAAUUCCUGCAUUCAGUGUCCUGAAGGGUUCUACCAAGAUAGAUCAGGUCAACAGGACUGUAAAAAAUGUCCAGAUGAAAGAACUUCCACUAUCGGAGCAUUUUCAAUUUCUCAAUGAAGAGAGAGACAAACUAGACGAAUAUGUCACAACCUCUCUGGGUAGAAUGAGGACUACUGGAAAAGAAGCAUUCCGGUUCAUUACCACAAUGUGGCUUUUAGUGAUUUUCCCUCUUUUAACUGGUGCACUCGGAAUGAGUGGAGACUGCGAAAACGCAACAUUAUGCGACCAUUUACCGUGGUCAGAGUGGAGUGCGUGCAGUCAGACUUGUGGGGGAGGGUACCAAAUCAGGAAGCGGAAAAUUUGUGGACUGGAAAGGUGGGAUGAAGAAGCUUUAAAAGAAUACUGCGGAAAUCCACUUCGGAUAGAUAUCAAAAUUUGUAAUAUGGAUUGUCUGAAUAAUGGUUCAUUUGUUAACGGAAAUUGUAUAUGCACUCCCAGGUCCGGAAAAACUGGUAGAUGCUGUGAAAAAGAUCUUUUGUCUCUUGAGAAUUUAAUGACAUCAAAAGAGAUAGCAUCAACAUUUUUAAGAAACAGAGCUCCGCGAACUAAGCGUGAUAUUUACGAGGAAUGCGAGGAAUCGGGUUCCUGUGACUACGAAGAAGUAAGAGAAUGGAUUGAAGAUAUACAUGACAGAAGGGGCGUGUGUGAGUGGAUGAAAGACAAGAGGUGUGCAGAGAGAGGUUGUAGAGCAGGAUAUACUUGUGUUACCAUAGUCCAAAACUGUUAUCAUCUUAGUUCUUAUGAAGUUGGAUGUCAAGAUAUCAAUGAAUGUGCCAGUAACCCAUGCAUCAAUGGAGGAACAUGUCACAAUUUGAUAAACAGAUAUACCUGUUCUUGUUCACCUGGUUAUUAUGGAACGCACGGUGAAUACGAUAUCAAUGAAUGUGCCAGUUAUCCAUGUAUCAACGGAGGAACAUGUCACAAUUUGAUUAACAGAUAUAUAUGUUCUUGUCAACCUGGUUAUUAUGGGACACGCUGUGAACACGAUAUUAACGAGUGUGCAAGUAACCCAUGUUACAAUGACGGAACAUGUCACGAUUUAAGGAACAACUUUACAUGUUCGUGUCAGGACGGGUAUUAUGGACCACUUUGUGAGCUUGAAUGUACAAGGCCCGAUUACUGCGACGAGUACAAAUGCACCACAGAAGUGGAUUUCAUCUGUAUCAAAUGCUAUGGACAGGGCAAAACUCCUGAGGAUUCAAUUUAUUUUACUUCGUCGGACCUAAAAAAGUGUACAGAUCAAAGUCCUCCUAAGUUUACAAACUGUCCUUCAGAGAUGGUACAGAAGUAUGAUUCAGGAAAAGGUUCCUAUGUAAAUUGGGAGCCAAUACACGUUGAAGAAUACAUUGGAAACUUUUCCCUUUCAAGCAACGUGCAAAAUGGUGCCUUCUUUUCUUUUGGAGAUCACCCUGUUGUUUAUAGCGCAGUUGAUAAUUCUGGGAAUGCAAAGAAUUGUUCUUUUAUAGUUAGAGUAAUAGAGAUAAAAGAUAAAGCUUGCUCAGCUCCACCUGUUCCAUUUCAUGGAUUUUUGGGAUGCCAAAACAAGGAAGCUUUACAGUGUUCCAUACAUUCCUGUGAUGAGGGGUAUCUAUUGAAAAAUAACGAUUUACAUACUUGUGAAAAGGGGGUUUGGAAUCCGAAAUUUCCUAAAGAUUUCAUAGCCACAUCAUGUAUCAAGCCGGAACCAACUUAUCUAAGAAGAAAUCACAAAUUCACGUUUAACUGUCCACGCCAUAUGAUAGAUGCAGCAGAAUCAAAGCUAAGUGCGGACCAGGCUGGUUUUACGCCGAGAAUACUUGCAUCCAAUGCCCUGAAGGGUUCUACCAGGAUAGAGCAGGUCAACAGGGGUGUAAUGAAUGUCCAGAUGAAAGAACUUCCACCAUCGGAGCAUUUUCAAUUUCUCAAUUGGAGGAGAUCAUCUUUAGGAUGCCUUAUAAGUGCAAAUAAAUCCAAUUAUCCAAAUCCAGUUUAUGUGGAUUGGGAGAAAAACUUCACUUGA